UCCAACCAAAUUCUCAAAUCAAUCAGAUGAAAGCGCGCCAAGUCUAAUAGGCAUUUCUUCUAGGGUUUUGACAAUGGUAAUCGAAUGUCUCGUCCUCGGCGCAGGGCAAGAAGUGGGGAAGAGCUGCGUGGUGGUUUCGAUCAAUGGGAAGAGGAUAAUGUUUGACUGUGGUAUGCACAUGGGUUAUCUCGAUCACCGCCGAUACCCCGAUUUCUCUCUCAUCUCUAAAUCCGGUGACUUCGACAACGCUCUAUCCUGCAUCAUCAUUACCCAUUUUCAUUUGGAUCAUAUCGGAGCUCUUCCAUAUUUCACUGAAGUUUGUGGGUACAAUGGACCCAUUUACAUGACGUACCCAACAAAAGCUUUGGCUCCGUUGAUGCUGGAGGAUUAUCGGCGAGUGAUGGUUGAUCGAAGGGGAGAAGAAGAACAGUUCACUUCUGAGAACAUUGUGCAAUGCAUGAAGAAAGUUACAGCUGUGGAUCUGAAACAGACUGUACAGGUUGAUAAAGACCUUCAGAUCCGUGCCUACUAUGCUGGACAUGUUCUUGGAGCUGCAAUGAUUUAUGCAAAAGUAGGAGAUGCUGCUAUAGUGUACACAGGGGACUAUAAUAUGACACCAGAUAGACAUCUUGGAGCUGCUCAAAUUGAUCGACUACGGUUGGACCUUGUUAUAACAGAGUCAACAUAUGCAACAACUGUUCGUGAUUCAAAAUAUGCUCGUGAGAGGGAAUUUCUUAAAGCUGUUCAUAAAUGCGUUGCUAGUGGAGGAAAGGUGCUCAUUCCUACAUUUGCUCUUGGAAGAGCUCAGGAACUCUGCAUACUGUUGGAUGAUUACUGGGAGCGCAUGGAUCUUAAGGUUCCUAUUUACUUCUCAGCAGGUUUGACCAUUCAAGCUAAUAUGUAUUAUAAAAUGCUCAUCAACUGGACUAGUCAAAAGGUGAAAGAUACAUAUGCUACUCGCAAUGCAUUCGAUUUUAAAAAUGUUUCCAAUUUCGAUCGUUCCUUGAUAAAUGCUCCUGGACCUUGUGUUCUCUUCGCCACACCAGGGAUGAUCAGUGGUGGUUUUUCACUUGAAGUUUUCAAACAAUGGGCUCCAUAUGAAGCAAAUCUUGUUACACUCCCAGGGUAUUGUGUGGCUGGAACUAUAGGACAUAGAUUGAUGUCAGGUAAACCCACCAAAAUUGAUUUGGAUGAGAACACCCAAAUUGAUGUGCGAUGCCAGAUCCAUCAGUUGUCCUUUAGUCCUCAUACAGAUGCCAAAGGAAUUAUGGAUCUGUUAAAAUUUCUCUCUCCCAAGCAUGUGAUUCUUGUCCAUGGCGAAAAGCCUAAGAUGGCUUUACUUAAAGGAAGAAUUCAAUCUGAAUUAGGGAUUCAAUGUCACGAUCCUGCAAACAACGACACUGUCUGCAUUCCUUCAACGCACUACGUAAAGGCAGAUACCACAAAUGCAUUUGUCCGAAGUUCCUUGAGUCCAAACUUCAAGUUUCUAAAAAGGUCUAUAGGGAACUCUGAUUUAGGGCCUGCUGACACUAGCGCCACAUCUACACUGCAGGUAUGUGAUGAAAGAGUAGCAGAAGGGAUUUUAAUUAUGGAGAGAAACCAAAAGGCUAAGGUUGUACACGAGGACGAGCUUCCAGAAUUGUUGGGAGAAAAGACACAUGUAGUUCAGUUUGCUUAUUGUUGCCCGGUAACCAUCAACAACUUGGAAAGGACAACAAACUCAGACCUUUCAUCAAGCAAAGAUGUGAGUUGCGUUUGGCUUCACUUAUUAUUUGCAAAACUUUCAAAUGAAUUAACUGAAGAGACCAUCCAAGAUCGUGGCGAACACCUUCAAGUAGAGUCAAUGUACAUCACUGUUUGUUUGAAGGACAACUGUCCUUACAGAACCACCGACUGUUUUGGCGAUAAGUCUGCAACAACAUAUUUUUGCUGCACUUGGUCAGUGGCAGAUGAGAAGCUUGCUUGGAAAAUCAUUUCGAUCAUGAAGAAUUUGGAUCUAAGUAAUACGUGAGGUGUUUAGAAUUGUGGAGACCUUUUACAUUGAGUUUACCGGCUCUUGUGAUUAAAGCAUGAUUUAUUUCGGGAACUGUUCGGCAAAGAGAGAUGGGCUAUGAGCUCCAACUCACUGUCUUCAUCUUUAUUUUGUAUCUAUGACUAGCCAUUUUGGACAAGCUGAGUUAUUUGAACUGUAAAUUUUUCUUCCUCGGUCCGAAAGGCGAAUUUUGGCAUCUGAUAUUUUGUGCUUGUAGAAGGUUCUUUUGAAGCAGUGUUGAUGCAAUUGCUAUGCAUUCCAAAAGCUUUUGCUUGACAUUAGAUAUUACCAGAAGCAUUUUGUUUCUUAUUACAGAAACAGAAAACUUUUCUUGUGUAUUGAAUAGUAAGCAUAUGUUCUUUUCUUUAA